AUGAGGACCCGGGCUACCGGCGUCCUCCUCUCAUUCCUGGCGGCGCUGUUCCUGCCUCAGGCCCCUGCCAGGGACUCCGAAAUUCCAGGCAGCCCUCUGUCUGACAUGGAGUAUGAACGCUUCUUCGCCCUCAUGACCCCUACCUGGAAGGCAGAGACACUCUGUCGCAUCCGAGCCACCCACGGCUGCCAGGACCCCAGCAUCAUUCAGCUGGACCAGUAUGAAAAUCACGGCUUGGUGCCCAAUGGCCCAAUCUGCUCUGACCUUCCCUACGCCUCCUGGUUCGAGUCCUUCUGCCAGUUCUGUCAGUAUCGUUGCUCCAAUCAUGUCUACUACGCCAAGAGGGUGCAAUGCACCCAGUCCAUCUCGGUCUUCUCGCCGAACGCUCUCAAAGAAAUUUCUUUUGAAGCCCCGGCAAUGGAAGUCACCUCACCGGCUGCUUCUUCCCACGCCACAGUCACGGAGAAACAGUCCUUCCGGUCCUGGUCCGAGCGGAUCAACAGCAACAUGGAAGGGCUGGUCCGGUCCCUCCUGUCCCAGGGAGGCCUGAGGCGAGAGCAGGAGCACAAGCAGGAGCAAGGCCAGGAGCGCAAGCAGGAGGAGGCCCAGGAGCACAAGCAGGAGCAAGGGCAGGAGCGCAAGCAGGAGGAAGCUCAGGAGCGCAAGCAGGAGCAAGGGCAGGAACGCAAGCAGGAGGAGGCCCAGGAGCACAAGGAGGAGAGCCAGGAGCACAAGGAGGAGAGCCAGGAGCACGCGGCGGAGGAAGAGCAAGAAGAGCAAGAGGAGGAGCAGGAGCAGGAGGAAGAGAGCAAGCAGGAGGAAGGACAGGGGACCGAGGGACUCACCGGGAUGCUGAGAGGCCCAGAACCCAAGUACUAG